UGCGUUUCAACGGUAAGGACGUUCAAUUAUUCUCAGUAUUAAAGACCACAGAAGGGAAGUUUCAAUAUAAAGUUGAAGACACAUCAAAUCAGACUAGUAGGAAUCCGUGAAGUUUGCUAACUUUUAAAACGUACAUUGGUUUCGUAAGCUUUCUGGUCUGUUCCUAAUUCUAACUUUACAAAUUCAUGUUUGAAAAAUUAAUUUAUGUUUGACUGAAAUUCAUGGAUAUUGUGGUCAUCUCUCGGUGGACUUUCUUUAAAAAUUAAUUGGACCACAAACAGUUCCUAAUUGAGAAAGAAAACACAUCAGCUGCAUGCGGUGAAAACAUUACAACGAAAAAAACAAACGCUACAACCGGAUCAUAACAAACAAGAGGCUGGGAGCAGAUACCAUUUGUGACAACCAGGUGGAUAUUGCUGUUAUCUUUCAUUCUCGUGAUAUACGUCAGACUAUAAGUCUGGUAUACGCCUCAGAAGCGCAACUUCUUCCACACGCAUAAAAUGUGGCGCAAUUUACCACGGCAAAUAUAUUUUUUAACGAGAGCAGGUUCAAACCUACAAAUAUAAAAUACAUUGGCCGCCAAUGACGAUACUCGAUAGGAUUAAUAGUUUAGAAAUGGCUCUCGUCUAAUGAAAACCACAAGCUAAACCACGCGUACAAAUUAGCCAAGGAUCAGACAACACAAAGAAUGCGUUCAUUCUUGUUCAAAAUGCACGUGAGAUUUUUUAAAUCCCUUUUAAAAGCAUUCAUUCCAGCUCGCCUAUUUUGCUAAGUACUCACAUUUCUCAAAAAAAAAAAAGUCAAAAUGAAAAACAACCGUCAUUACUUUUGCCUUUAUACUAUUAAAUAAAACCGUUAAAGGCUAGCUAAGAGUUAAAGAAACAUUUUAUGGAUCUUACGUGAGAAAAGUCUUCUGACUACAAUUUCAGGUAGGUUGCGUUUCGACUCUUGAAAUAAUGAGGAAUAAAAUGAAUAAAAACACAUGGCUUAUAGGGAUUUAAACAAAUGCGGGUUAGCUUAUUUUAAUAAUUAAAAUGAUAAUUAUAUUACAGGAAAAUUGGUUUCUUAAAAAAUUUGCGUUGCAUCUGCGAACAAGUGAUAAUUGCCUGGAAUUGUUCUUUACUCCACUUUGCAGACUUCGAUAAGUAUUGAUGAAAGAUCACCGUUUCAUAAUUAUGUCAACAGUUAAUUGCCAAAAUAACGGCCUUCGGUUUCCAGAAAAGGUUACCAAAAAUAGUCAUCAUGUGUAAGGCACACAAAAACUAUGCAUGAUACUUAGACGGUUUAUUUGAAAGAUGUAGAGUAAAGCAAGAUGAACGUUUUCAGCAACUGGUGGAAUACUCCUCUCUCUCAUAACACUGUUAGCUACAAUUCCUGAAAACUAAAACACUUUGUAUUGCUUUGACAAGCAUUUCUCUAUAUACAGCGAUUGACACGUUCUCACAAAUGUGAUUCCCCAGUCUCAGCUGACCUUCAUUGGUUUAUCUGGACAAAAUUCAAGCUGUGAAGUAUUAUUUUUUGGCUAAAGUUUCUUUCCCGGCAUAUGUCUCGACGAUAUCUUUGGUCAACGAUUUCCUUUAUCGAUAUGAAUACCAUAAAUAACUCUUUGCAAAUCCUUGAUACUGCGAACAGAAGUAACCAAGAUUGUCAACAAUGUUAUCAUUCAACCCCUUACACGGCGUAACGGUCAAUUCAAAGGAUUCAAUAUUUUUCUAGCAGGACAUCUCGCUAUUUUAUCGCAAAAUAUCUAUUUUAUCAUAUAAUUACAGGCCUCCCUUCCCCUAUUCCGCUGAUUGUCUGGCGCGCGUCAGUUUUAAAUCAGCGAGGCAACUUGAAAAGAGGUCAGUUCUAAGAGGAUUUCACUCGAGAGAGACCAUAUAUCCAGCGAUUAACCUCGCAGCUGGGUUGAAGUCUACUGCCGGUUUCUUAACUCACUUUCCCGAGUACGCACGAUAGCAGGGUAUUGAUAAAAUCCAUCUUAUUACACACAUAAGACCACAGCCGAGGAAGAAGGUAGGGAGUUUUCGAUCUUUCUCCACCCCAGACGCUGUCAUGAACAUAUUUCUUGGCCGCGUGGUUUUAAGCUUUAGCUUGUUAAGACACAUCGCAGCUGUGAAUCCAAAUAGAGAUAUAAGUUCUGCUGCUGCAUGUAGCGAAGCAAAUAUAAACCUGUCACAUUUUAAUCAUUUCUCACAUUAUCAUGUAGAAAGAGAGGCAAAUUUUGAGUGUUUCGUUGCGACUGAAUUUAAGCGUGGGUAUCUCCAGCGCGCGGCCGGGAGGCUAAUUAGCCAAAUCUACGGUCAUUUUUAAGUGGCUUGAAAUAAGUUGUCUUUGUAGUCAUAAUAACAUUUUUGCGGGACGUAAAACGCCUCCAUAACACUCAAAACAGCUGCAUUUUUGUGCUCUAGGAACGUCAAAAAGACGUAAUGCGUCGGAUGACGGUCAUCUUACAGUUCGUCCGCCUGGCGCAAGCCUGCAGGCUGUGUGUACAACACGGAUAAAUCGGAUCAUUUUCGGCUUUCAGUUGUCGCUAUUUUCGAGGUCAUCACGGACAAUCAAACACAAAGUGAGCUAUCUUCCGUACAAUCACGAAACUACAGUGACCUCAAGACGCGAUUAAGACAGACAGAAGGGAAUCUUGUACAAGCGUGUGCUUUGUGGAGAGACCGGGUCCAACCUGAAAAAACGUCAGAAUGGCUACACUCGACGAGCUAAAUCGCCAGGAAUCUCUUCUCAAGCAGAAACUGGAAGGGACUAAAAAUAUAACAGAACGAAGGCAACUCAGGGCGGAGUUACGAACGCUGAGAGACAAGAAAGAGAAAAUGACAGGUGAAAAUGGUAACAAUUCGCGCGCACCCGCCAUGUCAUCUAAGUUCACUAUGGCUGUUGGGAGCUCAGCGAAAGAAAGUUAUCAGGAAAGAGCCAAUCGCAUUAACAGAGAAGAAAGUCCAGCAAGAAAAGAGAACGUCGCACCUAAACAGCCCAGAAAUACGCGCAGCACUUUCAGUUUCAAGAUGGCGAAUAAAGAGGAAAGUCCGCCUGAAAAUCGCCCCAGUGAAAGUAACACUUGGAGGCAUCAACACAACCAUGUGAGAUCUAACCUCGAAGAGAAACGACCGAGGAGGGAUCAAGACGUUAAUAACAACACAGAGGUGAAAAGAGAAAAAGAGAAGGAAGCAGAAACUCCGCAGAGAGUUUCACGGAGGUCGUCUCUGGCAGAACUGUUUAAAAUUGACCAGGAAGCUCUGAUCAAGAGUAGAGAGCAGGAAGCCCCUUCACCACCCCCACAAUUAACAGUUUCGUCUUCAUCGGUGAUGAAGCGAGUGCCCAUGGAAACCCAUCAAGAUUCAAAGACCAAGCAAGACUUGCUACAGAAUCUAGGGCGCCUUCGAGGCCGAAGAAGGUCGGUUCGUGAGAUCGAGAGAAAGGAGGAACUGGACGGCCUGAUGUAUGUAAAGAGUGGAGAUUCAGUUAAACUGGUUAACACCUCGGAAGGCGACGACCAGGUCAAGGAGCAGAGAAAAAUACGGCGGUCCUCACGGAAGGAGAGCCACGAGAAGCUGGCGAUUGAAGGGAACACCAUCACCAACCGCAGUGAAACGGAGCUCACAGCCAUUCAGGAAAGCCCGCGAUCUCCAAACGCAAAGAAACGAUUUGAAUAUGGCAACGAAAACAACCAACCUCAAAAGAGGUGUGAGGAACCACCCAAAAGAGAGGAACCUCCUAAAGCAACCCGCAUUUGGCAGCCUCCUCCCCCGAGGGAUAGCAACGCGGGGGCUGGCCGGGCAUCGAGGCAGUGGUCUGAUCCAGGCCCUCAGAGGGUGGGACCUCCCAGACCUAACUCAUUCUUACCCUCCAAAACUGAUGGUCCCAAGUUUGGUCGCCCUGGAGGCAGGCCACCGUCAGACCCAUUAGGUGGAGGCAUGGGUUCCGUUAAGGACCGCAUGGCUUUUUUCAAGAAAGCUGCAGAGGACGAGAAAAGAGCGAAGGAGAAACAGUUUGUACAAAAGACUCCAACUCCGUCCGUAAACAGGUUUAAUGCAACUACGCCGACCAGUCCUUCCGGUCCAACAGGAAUAACGAACAGAGCCAGUACAGCCAGUACAACCGGUUCAACGGGUCCGACCACCCCAACAAGUCCAACAGAGAAAGUAUCGCUCAAGAAAGCGCCGGAUCCAAACAAGGCUCCAAGGGAACUGAAAAAGAAACCUCAACUGAAAAGACAGAUGUCGGUAUCUUCGUUGAUCUUGACGUGGUGUAAAGAUGUCACGCAAGAGUAUGAGGGAGUAAAUAUUACUAACUUCAGUGGUAGCUUCAGUAAUGGUUUGGCGUUCUGCGCUUUGAUCCAUAAAUUCAACCCUGAUAAGUUUGACUAUAACUCGCUGUCAGCGGAAAAUAGGGAAUACAACUUCAAGUUGGCAUUCGAGACUGGGACGUCUGUUGGAAUACCUGCUCUUCUUGAUGUAGAGGACAUGGUUCGUCUCAAAAAACCGGAACCAAGGAGCGUCCAGUGCUACGUUCAAAUGAUAUUCAGUAAAUAUCGACCAAAGGACAUGGACAUGUCAAAUCUCAUUAUAGCUUGAACAUUGUUGCUUCUAAUUCGGUUCAACUCCAAGUUAGAAGCCUCACUUUGCAUAUCAGAAGGCUUCUUUAUUCCUCGGCUUUUCGUACGCGUCUCGCUAAGAGAACGUUUAGACUGAAUUGUGACUGCAUGCGGGAUGUUCAGCACAUGGGAACUUUACACUCGACGAUUUAACUGCCAGUAUUAACAACUUUGAUGGAGUGGCUUUCCACAAAGUGCUUUAACCAAUCACAGCAAAGACGUUCUCAUCCGGUCAAUAAGCUGCGAAACCUAAACCUUAACCUGUGAUUGUUAUUUGGGGUGUCCCACUUUUCCCGCGCUUUUAACAAAUCAAGUAAUUUGUAUUCCCGCGCCUACCCUUUUCCCGCGCUUACAGCUGGUUACAUACUUUCCCUCGGCUGGUUCAGGUCACGUGUUUGUUCUUUGAAUUGUGAUUAGCUGCUCACCUUAAUUGCAACCGUUGGAGUAAGCCCGGUAACAACCUCGGUUUCGCGUUUAUGUUCAUUUAGAAGAUUCACGACUUCCACCACCUCAACGUUUUAAAAUGACGUUUUCAGUGAAAUUUGAAAUUUUUCUGUAGUGCUCAGGCGUUAGACCUGUAGAAGUCUAAGAAGACAAAGGAAAUUGCUGUGAGCCAAUGUUGUUCAUUGCUAUAAAAAAUGUUGAACGAGUCUAUAGAGUACGCAUGCUCAAUUUUAUUGUACCUUAAUUGGACCUAAUCUCCUCGCAGUCCUUCGUUUUAUUGAAAUGUGGUGGUCUGGGGAGGAAAAUAAACUGUACGACGGAAGACACUCGUCUCGUUAGGAAUUUUGAAAAUUACUGUUUUAUAUAAGACGGUGAUGUAAUUCAUGAUAAUUCAUGAAUCCGUACAUUAUCAAGCUGCGUGAUGUUUGGAACUGCCAAGCACAAGUACAAGUAUCAUGUAUUUAUACUUAACAAUUAAUGCCUGUAUUUUAGGCAUGUUCUUUAAAACUGAAUUAGUUUUCUUAUUGAAUCACGUUGAAAUUUGACACUGUAGGUUUUGUAUGUAGAUUUUUUUAGAAGAUUGUUUUGACAGAACCAAUAGUAAGGUUUAAUAAAGAAUUUUAUCCUCACA